GAAAAGUAAUGACGGUUGAGAUAGCUUCUGAUGAAAUUCAGAGUCACUUCCCGGCAAAAGCGAGUGUGACAAUUUUCAAGAAACGGAAUCUACUGGGGGGUUUUGAAAUUUCAAAUUGUCUGUGCUCAAUCGAGCCUUGACCGUAGGACCGCUGUUGACGAUGAUGGUGCGUGAGGAGCGGCAGAUAGAUGGCAAACAUAGGUGCAUACGUACCUGGCGGAGCUGCACCACGACGGCAAUGGACAGGAAGCCGAUCGCCCCUUGUCAACGUUUUUGGACUGCUAUUAAACAUAAUGUGCUCAUCAUGUUUGUCAGUUUGAUAAUGUCCACGCUCCGAAAGACCCUCAUUUUUUCACUUGUUCCUUUCGACCCCCAUGAUGUCGUCAAUAAAGUACGAAAGCCGUAAAACGAACAAAAAGUCACCGAAGCGGAAAAGUAUGACAACAAUACGCCGUCUCUCCGACUCAGACGUCCGGUCAAUCUUCGAGUGCCUUCACGAAGGCCUUCCUCCUCCACCUCAUCUGAAGUUUACAAUUGUUCCCGUUGGUGCCAACGGGUUGAAGCUUUCGCCCCCAUCUUUUGAAUUUGCAGAUGGCCUUUACGUUCUUCUUCGUCCCGAAAAGAAGAAGAAAAACAACGUUGACCGCCCGGAACCUCCUACUCAUCUCCAUCACUUGUUGAUGACCAACGUUCCGGCCGAAACUUGUCCAUGGUCUCUUUCUGGACCACAAUUUCCCCAGCCGACAGCCAUUCAACAGCGUUACGCGUAUCCGAAAGGCCGUGUCGAAUACAGUAGCCGUAAAGGAGCUGCGCUUUGGACGAUGUAUGGAGCUGAUGGAAGAGAAGACCAGGAAUAUCGGCUACUGCAUGUGUAUUUUUCUGCUAAACGCGCGGUCAAUCGCGGCAUGAGCGUGGAGGGAGAUUUUCUUCCAAUGGAAUCCCCGACUAAGCGCGCCAAGCGCUCGCCGACACGCAACGAGCCCGAUUUGCCAUUCUUUCGAAAUGUUCGUCACCAACAGUCUCCGGCUAUUACAGCUUCUUCAGUAAGCCACUCUUCUUUCUGUGGCUCGCCCCUUUCGUUCGACACAUUGCCACCGUCUCCCACACACGCGUCGUACGAGUAUGAGCACUUGCUCCGUUCGACCCCUCCACCUUUCGUUACACCCAUGUUUCGGCGGAGUCCUCUCGACCCUUUGGACGCACCUUCCGGUUUUUUGACGCCUAGCCCUUUUCGACCGGCCAGCUCCUUAAGCGUACAUCAAACUGAGAUUGAAAGAAAAGACAGCGAACCCUUCCCUUAUUGUGAUAUCGACAAAUCAAUGGAGGAAAUUGAUUCGUAUUGGAAUGAUCCAUUGCUCAGUAUUAUGCUGAAACCUAGCCAGGAUGCCGAGGCAUGUACAACGCAAGCUGCUCCGGGGCCCGUCCGGUCGUUCCAAGCUCGUCUCGAAACUCUACAGGAGAGCUUUCGGGAGAUUAUCUUCGCCGCUUCGGACAGUGAACAGCCCGCCUUGGUUAGUCUGCUAGCAUCUUGGGCCCGGCAAGUUGCGCGCGACCCCUUGACUAGUCUUCACGCAGUCGUAUCUGCCGAAGACGAUUCCACAACAUCAACUUCGCCGACGGUCGAAGUAUAG